UUCAAUAGCAAAUUAGACAUUGUUGAACUCGUCUUCUCCCACCAGCUCCGUCGGUAUCUUCCACGGGACACCUUCAAACUGAGAAUUAAAAAUCAACAUCAACAACCGUUUCUCCCACCGCUUGCAAUUCAAUCCCUAGAUUCGGAUCAGAAUCACAGCCGGUACUCUUUGACAAUGGCGGUUAAAGGGAAACACGGCCGAGCCCCGUCGCGGACGCCGGCGUCCUUGGCAACCUUGGCCUUCGCCGUCUUCGUAAUGCUCUCCUUUUUUGUUUUGAUUCUCCUCGACUUUGGAAUUCUCUCGAUUCCUAGCAGCUCCAGAGGCUCUCAGAAAGCCCACGAUCUCAGCUCGAUCGCACACAAUACAGUAGAAAGAAAAGGAGAUGGAGAAAAUGAUGGUAGAAAAAGAGAUACUUGGGUUGAGAUGAUUUCCUGGGAGCCUCGGGCCUUUGUUUAUCACAAUUUCUUGUCCAAGGAAGAAUGUGAAUAUUUGAUUAACCUUGCUAAACCCCACAUGCAAAAGUCAACUGUGGUUGAUAGUGAAACUGGCAAGAGCAAAGAUAGCAGAGUGCGAACAAGCUCGGGAACAUUUCUUCCUAGAGGACGUGAUAAAAUGGUCAGGGAGAUUGAGAAAAGGAUUGCAGAUUUCACCUUCAUACCUGUGGAAAAUGGGGAAGGCCUUCAGAUUCUCCACUAUGAAGUGGGCCAAAAGUAUGAACCCCACUACGAUUACUUUCUUGAUGAUUUCAACACUAAGAAUGGGGGUCAGCGCAUUGCUACAGUGCUCAUGUACUUAUCAGAAGUUGAUGAAGGUGGGGAAACAGUAUUCCCUGCAGCCAAGGGAAAUUUUAGUGAUGUUCCUUGGUGGGAUGAACUAUCAGACUGUGGAAAAGGUGGACUAUCUGUAAAACCAAAGAUGGGUGAUGCAUUGCUUUUUUGGAGCAUGAAGCCUGAUGCAACUCUUGACCCAUCUAGUCUGCAUGGUGGGUGCCCGGUCAUCAAAGGGAACAAGUGGUCAUCUACAAAAUGGAUGCGUGUUCAUGAGUACAAGGCUUAACGAAACAUGGAUUCUGUAGUGAGUUUUUUGCUUUCCAUUUGUGCCGGGUGGGGUAACUACUUGCUUGCUUUAUGUCCAGACUUCAAUGUGUAUUUGAAUGCACCUAUUGCUGUACGACUUUGUAUCACGCAACUGUUAAGGAUCUUUCAGGCACCAACAUGCUAUCAUGGCAGUAGGCAUCCGGAUAUUUCUUGGUGCGGCCAUUCCUAAUUUCUGCCCUCAUAAAAGAAAUAAGUUCCACAGAAGGAAGAUGCAGUUAUUUUAUGUUCAUUGGGAGCUUUUGUAUAUUGCUGUCCUUGUUUACUGUCAAUGAAUUGCGUCAAAUUGGGCAUUCAUCAUUACAGAAAUAAAAGUCACUAGAAUUUUGAUGCUCAUUUACACACUAAUUUAUAAGAAAAAGCAUGUUUUUUU